GUACCCUGAGUGGUACAGCUACGACAAGGCAUACGCCACCACACCAAUGCUUCAAGACAGACCGGCGGCGGCGCAGCGGAGCCACUCGCCGCUGCCGGGGCCGUGGACCAGGCACUGGAGCGCCGACCACAACCGCAACUACUUUCACAACGCGGAGACGAACACCACCACGUGGGCCGGCGCCGAUCGCGCACCCGCGCUCCGCAGACGAACCACCGCUCCCCCCGCCGGCGCCGGAGCCCGCGCCCGCACCUCGCGCCGCCGAGCGGCAGGAGGAGUCGCCGUGGCAGCAGUUUUUUUGCAGAACCUACAACCAGCACUACUACCACAACAGGACGACGGGCGAGACCACCUGGACGCUGCCGGACGCACUAGCGCCGACCCAGGCCGAGGCCGCGCAGCAGGCCCCGGCGGAACCGCCGAGAGCGGCCGGCGCGGCCGCCGCGAGCCCGCAGGAGCCCGAAUGGGACAGGCACUGGUCGGAGGCUCAUGCUAG